UACCUUGCUUUGAAAAAAAUUCUCUCUCUUCUCUCUCUCUCUCUCUCUCCCCCUGUGAACUAUUGAAUUCAAUUCAUCAAUGGCUCUCUCAGUGAACCCAAAUGCAGAGAUCCAAGAAGACGGCACAACCACUCAAUUCCGGCAAUUCGAUGUGGUCAGCGACGACUCCGAUCACCACUAUCUCAACUGGAACAACAAAAUCGGCAAAACAAGCAACGGCCCAGAUUGCUUCUCCAAUGCAUCAAGCGGUGUCUACAAGAAGAUCAUGAAGGAGUGGAAAGUACUGGAAAGAAACCUCCCUGAUUCGAUCUACGUCCGAGUCUACGAGCGCCGCAUCGACCUCCUCCGGGCCGUAAUCGUCGGCCCCGCCGGCACACCCUACCACGACGGUCUCUUCUUCUUCGAUAUCGCCUUCCCCUCGGACUACCCGACCCUCCCGCCCAUGGUCAUGUACCGGUCAUUCGGGCUCCGACUCAACCCGAACCUCUACGCCACUGGGAUGGUCUGUCUCAGCCUCCUCAACACAUGGUACGGCAAGAGGACCGAGAAAUGGAACCCAGAUGAGUCCACGGUGCUCCAAGUUCUGGUCUCGAUCCAAGGCCUGGUUCUAAACAAAGACCCGUAUUUCAACGAACCAGGCGUCGGGAUUUUUCCGGGUCGGGCUAGGAAAUCGAUGGUUUACAAUGAGAACGCGUUUGUAUUGUCUUGCAAAACCAUGGUGUACUUGCUUCGAAAGCCUCCGAAGAACUUCGAAGGCUUCGUGGCUUCGCAUUUUCGGGAACGAGCAAGGAACAUAUUGGCUGCGUGUAGUGCGUAUGUGGAUGGUAGAGUUAGAGUUGGGUUGUAUAGUGAAAAUGGGUCGGUUUGUAAUUCGAAAUCGAUCAAAGUGUCGAGAAAUUUCAAGGCGACGAUGAAGUAUUGGUGCCCAGAAAUGGUGGUGGCUUUCGAUAGAGCUGGCGCUGGGGAUUCGCUGGGGAAUUUCGUGUUACAGUUGAAGGUGGAGAAUAAGAAAAUAACGACGUCGUUUAAGGGGAAGAUGGCGAAAACGGUGCCGUUGAGGACUGUGGUGGUUAAGAAGGCAAAGUGUGGAAUUAGCAAUGUGAUUAGGAAAUUUAAGAAGGUUUUGGGAUUGAAGAAAGCUGGUAAACAGAAUGUUUGAUACUGCACUGACUGGCAUUAUUAUCAAAAGUGAAUUCUUCUUGAAGACUGGAUGGGGUGGGACCCACUUGGUAUUUUCUAACCCUAGUUGCUUUUGUUUUUGAUAAAAAAAAAUUUAGAAUAGGGUAGAGAGUCCUUUUAAUUUAAAUUUGACUAAAAGUUUAUCUAAGUCUAGUAUAGGGUAGAGAGUCCUUUUAAUUGAGAUUUGACUAAAAAUUUGUCCUUUGAUUUUUUUUAAUCAUAGGAAGAUAGUUUAAUGUAUAAAUUAAAUAAAUUUCUCAAGGCAAAUAAGGUUACAAAAUUGCACACCUUUUUAUUUUUUAUUUAGUUAUAUUUGAUCAAUGUUAGGCAUUAUUUUCUUCAAUGAUUUGCGUUAUUCGUCAUAAUUUAUUCGAAAAAAAAAUGAGGGGAGAGUGUGGGUAUG